AUGUAUGUAUGCAUGCCUUUUUCUUUACUUCUUUUAUUUAUAUUUGCCAGUGUUGUGGGACAGAUGGAGCCCGAACUCAUUACGUUAAGUCCUCUUUUUAUUCGGCUAUUGCGCGUCGGUACGACGACUGCAUAUGCCCUGCGACCAUGUUUUGCCACGCGUCUCGACGUAUAUUCAGCUUCCACUGGCUCUGAGGGCGGUUGGACGCCAUGUGCACUGUUGGUAUCACAGCAUGGUGAAAUGUAUCUCUUUUCUGCUGAGGACGGGCGGGUGAUCAACGCAGCACUACUGAGCCCAGGUCCAAUAGCGAAUACCGAAAAGGCGCGUAUCGAUAUCGUCACUCAGCACACUUUGGACGCGGAGACUGACACGCAGAGCGUGUACAUUCGUUGCCGGCAACAGCUUCAACUUAUGAACAAUGGUGGUGAGGGAAAAGGCAAAGGUUUAAUGCCAACUCAGGCCGUUGCAGUGAGCGAUAAGGCACCCGGCGCUUUAUUCCCUCCGUUUUCGUACUUGAUGCGCUUUCACUGUCGAAACGCCCAAGUAAUGUUGCAGUUUUUUCGAAUUAUUACAAAUUUUGCGGAUCCAAAGAAGAGGGAAUUUAACCUUCGGAAAGCAAAUAUUUCACUGAGGGGAGAGUUGGAUCACUCCCUUUUUAUCGACCCACUGAUAACCGUUCCGCGGCAUCAGGAGAGGGAACAGCAAAAGCAGGACACAAAUAAAUGGAGCAACGCUCUUAGCAAAGUGUCCCCGUUGAAGUUACUUUCCCGCCUCCCAGGUGGAAGGAAUUCAGUAUAUAUGCGGGAUGUUGCAAAGUUUGAAAAAAAGCGUUUGCUGGACGCCGGUGAAAGGAUUGAACUUCCAUUGCAGGAUGAUCCAAGUCUAUUGUUGAAGCCGAAUUCCGUAUGUGAAGUUAAUUCGGCAAAUGCAAUCGGGAGAGAAGCCUCUGCUGAGGUCUCACCUGGCAAGAAUGAACAUGCGGGUGCGAUGGCGAACGCGCUACUGGUGAAAGAGGGAGAUCCAUAUUCUACGGUUUUGCCAGCGGUUGCCAAAUUCUAUGGGUGGAUAAUGGACAAAAUACCACAAUUCACACUCUCUUCCUCAGAGGAUAUCCUCUGUAUGUACGGUCUUCCGGGGUUUGAGUCUCAGUUUGCCGUUUUUUUUGUAAAUCCGCGUAUUCAGAACAUUGUGGAGAAUUCUGUGGGGCAGUUGUUGGCCAGUUUUCCGGGUCUUCCAGAUCUGCCACAGUACCGGAUAAUUGCACGGGAGGCUGUUCGUGAAGAAAUGCGGUGGAACUUUGGUGUCACCUACCGCGAGUUGUGCGAUGCGGCAAGAAAACUCAUUGAUGACAUCUCAAUCGAUCAGCUCGUAAUUGAUGAAGAGCGCGCCGCGAUACAGAAGUCGCACGAUGUGGCUGUUGAGGCAUUGCUGGCGGAGUCUCAGGCUCGCUGGCAGAAGAUGCUUGAGGAGGAGGGGCAUGUGUUUUUUGACGCCAACCAUGAGCCCAAGUCGGUUACUACGGGCCAGCUGCUUGCGCCGUUGUGCACAGAAGAAACGGAGUGGCGCAAUGAGGUCGCGGAAGCUGCCGAAGCGCUGGAGGUGUUGGAGCUUGGUAUACAGCGAAUAAGGAACACCAUUGUUGCUGACAGCGACGAAGACAACGAUGACAGUAGCGGGAAACAGGAUAGCUUAGGUAACAAUGUGGGCGGUGUGGCUUUCAUGCCUUCAAGGGGAGGAAAGGGAGGGAAUUCAAGUCAUUUUUUGUCUUUACAGGAAGAGGCGGCUUUUUUGCUUCAAGAGAUACAGAGGGAGCGAGAAACGCUUUUGUCUAUGCAGCUGCAAUGCUCCAGUGGGGACCGGGGGCCGAAAGACAUUGUGGAGGACGAUGUGGAAAUUAAAUCUAUGCGUUCAGAGUACAAUGCACGGCUCCUCCAGCAGCAACAGCAGAUUGAUACACUGAAGCAGGAGUUGCAAAAAAGUGCAGCUAUGUUUGGCAUCAAUGCUCGAUGGAUGGACGAACAGAACCGACGGCCCGGCUUGGCACAGGAACUUUUGAAUUCCACCUAUGUUGUGUAA